AAAGUUUGCUCUGGGUCGCACAGUUGCACGUGGGACGUGAUCACGCCGUGUCUGUUCACUGAGGAUCAACACAGAAGAGAAGCGAUUCAACUCCGCGGGCUGCGUCCAUCUCAGUAGUUUACGCCAGAAACGAUGAGGCCAGGUUUCAGUCCUCGCAUGGACAGAGGAGGAAGAGGUGGAGGAAGAGGUGGAGGCAGAGGAGGGUUUGGUGACCGCGGAGGACGAGGAGGAUUCCGGGGAGGAUUCCGGGGAGGAAGAGGUGGAGGCUUCCAGUCCCCAGACGGUGGAGGAUUUCGGGGCCGUGGUGGUGGCAGAGGAACCCCAAGAGGCAGAGGGGGUAGAGGAGGGAGGGGUGGCCGAGGUGGUUUCGGAGGAGGGAAGAAGGUCCUGAUCGAGCCUCACAGACAUGAAGGAGUGUUCAUCUGCAGGGGAAAGGAGGAUGCCCUGGUGACAAAAAACAUGGUGGUAGGAGAGUCUGUGUAUGGAGAGAAGAGGAUCAGUGUGGAAGAAGGAGAGACUAAGAUUGAAUACAGAGCCUGGAAUCCGUUCCGCUCCAAGCUGGCUGCGGCCAUCUUGGGAGGAGUCGACCAGAUCCACAUCAAGCCUGGAGCCAAGGUCAUGUACCUGGGAGCUGCCUCUGGCACCACAGUGUCCCACGUUUCCGACAUCGUUGGACCCGAAGGGCUGGUCUAUGCAGUAGAGUUUUCCCACCGGUCGGGUCGCGACCUUCUCAACGUGGCGAAAAAACGCACCAACAUCAUUCCAAUCAUCGAAGACGCUCGGCACCCGCACAAAUACAGAAUGCUUGUUGGCAUGGUGGAUGUGAUCUUUGCUGAUGUUGCCCAGCCUGACCAGACGAGGAUCGUUGCUUUGAACGCUCACAACUUUUUGAAGAACGGCGGCCACUUUGUUAUCUCAAUCAAGGCUAACUGUAUAGACUCGACAGCAGCUCCAGAGGCAGUGUUUGCCUCAGAAGUGAAGAAGAUGAGUGCAGAGAACAUGAAACCACAGGAACAGCUCACGCUGGAGCCCUAUGAGAGAGACCACGCUGUGGUGGUGGGCAUCUACAGACCUCCACCAAAACAGAAGAAAUGAUGUGUGCGUGUAAGCUGGGCCCGAGGAGGAGAAUGGAUUUGCAACCUCCUUCUGGCACGUCUGCCGUCUGUCACCCUCCUCUUCGGCUUCAGGCACCGGUCUGCAGCUUCCUCCAAGCACAUUGAAGCAGACCUUCAGCUGGGGUUUCUCAUCCAGUCCUUUAAUCAACCAUCCAUCUCCUCUGGUGCUUCCAGUUCUCACAGAUCAGGUGGAGAACAUUAUGUGAUGCCUGGGUCCAUCAGUGCAGUGCCUUGUUUGCGCUGUGAAAAGGUCCCGUUGUUUGUAAUGUACAUGUAUACAGUAGAUGAGGUUACAAAGUAACACACACUGUUGUGUGCUGUGAGCCUGCCUUGUCCUGGGAUUUUGGACCCAGCUGUUUGUGCCGAGGACCCUGAUCAGUCUGACUGCAGCGAGGUUGCUUGUGUGCUCUGCUGUUUUGUUUGUUGGCUUCUGUGCUCCUGAUAAUUUUCUUAAUGAUCCUUUUAGUCUGUGACUGGCUCCAUAUUCUGAACUUGCACCCACACUGCUGGUAUCUUUAGAUGGUUAACAGUGGACCAUUUAUUCAAAGUGAAUAUGUUGUUUUUGCUUCUUCGGGUGACAAACAGCGUCCACUAUACACACUUCCUGUUUUGUAGCUGUUUGUUUGAACCAGUUUAAGUAUUUUUCUU